AUGCCUGCCAACCUCGCACCCCAAGACCCCGACGAUGAGGCCCUCUUCGCAGCCCUCGAAAACGAAGAUGACAGCUCUUACCGCGACCAGCGCAUCCAACAACUCAACGCCGAGUUCGCCGCACAGAAGACCAACCGCGACCCGUCCAGCACGACGACCAUCCUCCACAAAGACAUCUACCCGACGCUGAGCAGCGACCAAUCGGUGCUAGACUUCACAACCUCCACAGCGCGCUGCCUAGUCCACUUCGCACACCCAGACUUCGCCCGAUGCAAAGUCAUGGACAGCGCCCUUGAACAGCUGGCGGGGGUGCAUUACGAGGUGCGGUUUGCGCGGGCGGAUGUGGAAUCGACACCGUUUCUGGUGGAAAAGCUGAAGAUCAAGAUCCUGCCGUGUGUGAUUGGGUUUAAGGAUGGAGUUGGGGUUGAUCGGGUGGUGGGAUUCGAAGGCCUGGAGGCCGGGGGGAGGGAUGGUGGGGAGGGGUUUAGUGUGAGCGUGCUAGAGAAGAGAUUGUUGUUCAAGGGGGUGCUGGUCAAGGCGAAAUUGUCUUCGCCUGAGAAUGAAGAUGACAGCGAGAGUGAACGGAGCGAGAGUGAGGGAUUCAGCAAUCGGAUCAAUACCCGGCGGGCGAUCCGGAGUGGAAAUGCGCAGCGAUUGAGAAAUAGGGUGGACGAUGACGACGACGACGAUUGGGACUGA